CAAAGUGCCUGUGCAUGGAGAAGGGAGGUAGUCAGAUCCACUUCAAAGAGCGGGAGAAACAGACAAGGUGAGACGCUUUAAUACCAAGGCAGCAAGUGCCUAUGCCACUUUGAAGGAAUGGGUGAUAGCAGCUUGUUACUGCUAAACUAUUAUGUAUUAAUAGGUGUAUCAAGACUUGAAAUCCGGCGCGUAAUAAUGCAUAUAAUUAAGAGGUAUGUGUGUCUGAUGAGGAUUGAAAGUAUCUGCGUCUUCAUAACGUCUGGAGAGGGCGAGAAACUCAUAAACCUGCCUCCGCAACGGGCAUAUAGCAAUAAAAAAAACAGCAAAAGGGGCCCUGAAUACUUUUUUCUUGGCUUUAUCUCCUGGUCUAUAGUUAUUAAUCCUAAAUGUUGCAAGAAUGGACCUGUCCGAGGCGGGGUUUCCACCCACUUUCCCCUCCUUUUUUGCGCCUCCUUCUCCUCCUCCUUUGGAUAUCAAGUGGCCACCAGCCAGCUUUUGAUUUAAGAAUCGUUUGUCUUUACCGGGGGAUGUCAUAAAAAAGAAGGGAGAGCAGACUCUGAAGUGCAGCAAGAAGAUUUUAGAUUUUGGUAAAAUCUGCGGAGGCGAGCUCAAACGGAGAGAGGGAGCGGAAGAGAGCGCACGGCGCACAGACCAGAUGCAAGGAGGAGAGGGAGAAAGACGCACCUAUUUUCAGUGGCACUCUGGCUGGAUGCGCGCAAAAAACUCUGACAAAAGAGGGCGGUUAGAAGGAGAAUCGUAUGAAUUUGUGGAACCUGGCAGAAUUUAACUAGCAUUUAUUUACCUACUGCAUUUUUUGGCAAAGAAAGUAAUGCAGCUGCUGACUGAGCGAGCAGAGCACUUCGUGAGUUAGAGCUGGCUCUGGUAAUUUUUUUGCAGAUAUUUUUGCAGCAGAACUAACCAGUAAAAAUGACGGGACUCUUUCUAACAAGAAUGCUGAGAAUUGUCACGAUUUUUGUGCUGACAGCGCAGCACGUUACCGGUAAGACGCUGAAGUAUCAGAUUUUCGAGGAGCAGAAGGUCGGCACAGUAAUCGCACGCUUGAGAGACGAUGUCGCGGACGUUUUGGCAAAACUUCCCAGCUCGGUGUCACUACGCUUUAGAGCAAUGCAGCGGGGGAGCUCCUCUUUUCUCACCGUGCGUGAGCAGGACGGAGAGAUCAGCAUCAGGACCAAGAUCGACCGGGAGAAACUCUGCGAGAAGAACCUCAACUGUUCAAUUCAGUUCGACGUUCUGACGCUCCCCACAGAGCACCUCCAGCUGUUUCACGUCGAAGUAGAAGUACUAGACAUUAACGACAACACGCCGCAAUUCGCCCGAGCCCUCAUCCCCAUCGAGAUUUCAGAAAGCGCGGCCAUCGGAUCGCGCAUUCCCCUGGACAGUGCAACGGACCCCGAUGUCGGUGAGAACUCCUUAUACACAUACGCUCUAGAGCCAAAUAGAAACUUCAAGAUAGACGUGCAGUCCAGGAGCGACGGGGUUAAGUACGCCGAGCUGGUGGUACUUAAGGAGCUGGAUCGGGAGGUGCGCUCCAGUUACGAACUUCAGUACACAGCCUCCGACAGGGGCGUUCCCCCGAGGACGGGAUCUACCCUCCUCAGAAUCAAUAUCGCUGACUCUAAUGACAACAGUCCUGUUUUUGAGAAAUCAUCCUAUGUUAUAAAUCUGCCUGAAAACUCACCUGUUGGCACUCUGCUCAUUGACUUAAAUGCAACAGACGCGGAUGAAGGCACAAACGCAAAAAUUGCAUAUUCAUUUAGCAAUCACGUGUCCCCCAAAAUUAUAGAGACGUUUAAAAUUAACACGGACAGUGGCCAUCUGACCCUUAUCAAGCGUGUGGACUAUGAAACAGUAAAUUCCUAUGAUAUUGAUGUGCAAGCUCAAGACAUGGGUCCAAACUCCAUGCCUGCUCACUGCAAGAUCUUGGUGAAAGUGGUAGAUGUGAAUGAUAACAAACCAGACAUCAGCAUCAAUUUCCCUUCUCAGGGGAAUGGAGAUGCAGCUUAUGUAUCUGAGGCAUCUCCACUGGACACUUUUGUUGCUUUGGUAAGAGUGGAGGACUUGGACUCUGGGUUAAAUAAAGAAGUUGAGUGUAAACUUCAUGGUCAGGGUUACUUCAAAUUGCAGAAGACCUAUGAGAACAACUACAUGAUUUUGACCAAUGUGUCCCUGGACAGAGAGAAGAGGUCAGAGUUCAGCCUGACUGUAGUGGCUGAGGACCGGGGGAGCCCCAGUCUCUCCACUGUCAAACACUUCACAGUGCAUGUUACAGACGAAAAUGACAACCCACCACGUUUUGAAAAGGGACAAUAUGAGAUCUUUAAAUCUGAAAACAAUGCUCCCGGAGCAUACCUGACAUCUAUCAUGGCUACUGAUCCUGACCUGGACACAAAUGGACAGGUGAGCUACUCCAUCUUGGAAAACUCUAUUCAUGGAAGUUCCAUUUCUACCUAUGUCAUCGUAGACCCCUCUAAUGGUGCCAUCUAUGCUUUACGCUCUUUUGAUCGGGAGGAUGUGAGUCGCAUCUCGUUUGUUGUGCAAGCCAAGGACGCGGGCAAACCUCCACUGACAAGCAACGCUACAGUUGUUCUGAGCAUUCUUGAUGAAAAUGACAACCCCCCAGUUAUUGUGGUUCCACAGCUGUGGAACUUUACUGCAGAAAUUCCUGCUUCAAAGUUCACAGAGGCUGGACAUUUACUGACAGUGGUGAGGGCGACUGAUCGUGACACAGGGGUCAACGCUGAUCUUAUCUGCUCUAUCGACAAUGGCAACGAAGCAGGGUUUUUUGUUAUUGAACCAAGAACAUGCGAGAUCCAAGCCAAUGCCAGUCUUGAGCAUUUCCCCCAUGAUCAUGCUGAGCUCACUGUGGUGGUCAGAGAUCAGGGGAGUGAAAGUCUUAGUGCUAAGGCAGUUCUAAAAAUCAACCUCUAUGAGAACAUGGAGAACCAUGUGCAGUCAGUGGACCAGGGGGAAUUUGUGAUCAAUAUGAACAUGAUUAUCAUCAUCACGCUUGUGGUCAUCUUGGCCAUGCUCCUGGUCAUCAUGGUGCCCUUUGCCACUCACUGUAACCAGGAAAAAAAGGACACGAGGCACUCUUACAACUGCCGGGUGGCAGAGUCCACCCACCAGCACCACCCAAAGAAGCCUUCUCGCCAAAUCCACAAAAGCGACAUCACCAUGGUACCCACAGUGAACGGCACCCUCCCCAUCAGGGCCCACCACCGCUCACCAUCAGCCACGCCUCCAAUGGACCGGGCCCAGAUGGGAGUUCCACAGAACCAUCACAGCCGCCAGUCCCUCAACAGCCUGGUGACCAUCUCGUCCCAUCACAUCCCAGAGAGUUUUGCCCUGGAAAUGGCACAUGCGACUCCACCAGUGGAGCAAGUCUCACAGCUUCUGUCCAUGCUCCAUCAGGGCCAGUACCAGCCCAGACCCAGUUUCCGUGGCAACAAAUACUCCCGCAGCUACAGGUAUGCGUUACAGGACAUGGACAAGUUCAGCCUGAAAGACAGUGGGCGUGGGGACAGUGAGGCAGGGGACAGUGACUGUGAGAUGGGGCGGGAAUCCCCAGUGGACAGGCUGCUGCUGGGGGAGGGGUUUUCUGACCUAAUGCACCUCGAAAUGCACCACCGACUCCACCCAGCUAUGAGACUGUGCACGGAUGAAUGUCGCAUCUUGGGACACUCUGACCAAUGCUGGAUGCCUCCCAUCUCCUCACCUGCUUCGUCUGCAGACUACCGAAACAACAUGUACAUCCCCGGGGAAGAGUCCUCUCAGCCACCCCAGCUAGAUGAUGACGAGUCUUCGGUAGACUCAGAGAAUCGUAAGAGUUUCUCCACGUUUGGUAAGGAGUCUGGGAAUGAAGAGCUGGGGGCCGACGGAGGAGGAGGAGGUGAUGCAGCUGGUGGAGGGGCUGGAUCUCUCCUUACAGAGAUGAACUCUGUGUUCCAGCGACUCCUACCCCCCAACAUAGACUCCUACACUGAGUGCACCGAAACAAGCCCACCCUCAUCUUUAUUGACCACUGACAGGGCAAGCAGUCGUGGUGGCAAUACUGUAGGUAACCAUAGUAACAACGCUGUUCCUCAGGACAGCCGUAGAGGUUUGCUCCCUGGUGGUAAAGGUCCAGCCUACCCACCAGGUGUAGCUGCAUGGGCUGCCAAUACACACUAUUUAAAUCCAGGGAACACAUCUGUGGGGAACAACCAUGUUUCCUCCUCCUCUUCCUCUUCCUCCUCAACCUCAACCUCCACCUCCACCAAUGGACAACCACCACACCUCAAAUGGCUGCCAGCCAUGGAGGAAAUUCCUGAGAAUUAUGAGGAGGAUGACUUUGACAGUGUCUUUCAUCAGGGUCACCAGACUGGCAAGCGUUGCGAAAAUCGCAACGAGGCUGGCAUGGAUGCUAGUGAGCUUGCCCAUGAGAUCAACAAACUGCUGCAGGACGUCAGACAGACCUAGAGAGUGGGAAAACAGAGCCGGCCUAACAGGACUAUACUUUGAGAUGUGGGGAAACAUUUCAUCACAUUCUGGUACAUUCUUGUUUAUUGUGUCAAGCUAAAACUGUAUAGGUUUCAUUUACUGCUUGUCAGCUGCUUGUUUAAAUGACCAAAUUUCCUAUUGUGUCCUCUGUGUUGAAGAAGACGUACAGAAAAAGUAAAAAACAGUUCUGAAAUUUUGAGGCAUCAAAAUCAAGAACUGGAGCAGAUUGUUCAAAGUUGCUUGAAUGAGCAUUUCCAAAUGGAAAUCCAUUGAAAAAAAUGUAUCUUUUCUUCAUUAGCAAUGUUUACAGCGGCUUGAACAGACUUGGAGAAACCAACUGUUGUUUGAACAAAAUCUUUGAUUCUACAGUAUACAAUUUUGUAUAGUGUGUCUGUGGAAAAAGGCAAACUCACUUGAAUAUUGUGCCAUGUCUUCUGUUUGUCAUUAUGGAAUGUAACUGUACAAUUUGACCUUUGUAUUUUCAAAAUACACUCUUUUUUACUUCUAUAUAUUUAUAUGUGUUGAUGUAUGUACAGAAAAACGAAACAAAUGUCUAUUUUUUAUAUAUUUGUCACUGCAUGUCUUAAUAUCUUUUAAUGUGUCUCUGUAUCAUUUGCCCUCUUUAUUUUGUAAGAAAAAAAGAUGUUGUAUUUAAUUUUGUUUUUGAGUGUGUGAGCGUGAAUAUUCAAAUCUUUAUUAUUCAAUGCAGUUCCAUGUUGGAAGUGAUUUUGUAUGGUAACAUUGUGACCAGUGGAUGAUAAAUAAAGUGAGGGGAUUUAUAACAGGG